UCACUGAGAUUAAAUGCUUUAUUUUCGAACAAGCUGGUAGCUUUGUGAAAGCGAACAACACGUAGGUUUUUUUACUGAUAAGGAUUACUGCACGCCAACUAGGCUCCCAACUUUGAAAGGAGUUAAUCAAGUUUGUAAGAACUGUCUUACUUCAAGUGGAUACUCAAAUACUUAGCACAUAAAUAGAAUAUAAACGAAAAAGGAAUUUAUAAUGCUUAAAGCGGUUAUCCUAAUAGGAGGUCCUCAAAAAGGUACAAGAUUUCGCCCCCUCUCGUUGGAUACUCCCAAGCCUUUAUUUCCUGUAGCCGGACGGCCUAUCAUACAACAUCACAUAGAGGCAUGUCUGCGAGUGCCAGAGUUAAAAGAAAUACUUAUAAUUGGUUAUUAUCCACAAGUACAAAUGGAAAAUUUUGUUACUGACAUGCAAAAUCUGUACAACAUCAACAUUAGAUAUUUGCAAGAAUUUACUUCUUUAGGCACUGCAGGCGGCAUGUACCACUUUCGCGAUCAAAUACGGUCUGGAAAUCCAAGUGCAUUUUUCAUAUUAAAUGGCGAUGUUUGCGCUGAUUUUCCACUGCAAGAUCUAUAUUCAUUCCAUAGGCAGCGUAUCGAUAAGGCUCUGGUGACAAUAAUGAGCACUGAGGCAACAAGGCAGCAAUCGCUGCAUUAUGGAUGCUUAGUAUUUGAUCGUAAUAGCGGUGUUGUGUCGCAUUAUGUAGAAAAGCCUAGCUCUUAUGUAUCAACCUUUAUUAAUUGUGGUGUCUAUGUGUGCUCCAUGGAUAUAUUUUCCCAUUUGGCAGAAGUAUUUUAUUCAAAAGGUCAAGAGUAUUCGUCUCCAAGUUUUAGUAAUGGUGGUACUAACGGUAAAGAUCAAGGACACAUACAAUGGGAGCAGGAGGUUCUUACGCCUCUCGCUGGUACUAAUAAACUCUACGCAAUGCCGGUUCCAAAUUGGUGGUCGCAGUUAAAAACAGCUGGGUCAGCCAUUUACGCCAACAGGCAUUAUUUAGAACUAUAUAAAAACACUCAUCCAGAGAGAUUGGCAAAUGCUGGAACUAAAUACAGUGAAAAUGAUUCUAAUUUGAUUUGUACAAUUCUGCCCGAUGUUUAUAUACAUCCAAGUGCUACAAUUCACCACAGUGCAACAUUAGGACCAAACGUAUCUAUUGGACCAGGUGUAACCAUCGGACCCGGUGUUCGCAUUCGAGAGUCUAUAAUACUGGAAAACGCAGUAAUAAAAGAUCAUACUUUAGUGUUACACUCCAUUGUGGGGAGAGGAUCAGUUAUUGGACAGUGGUCGAGAGUUGAAGGAACACCGUCUGAUCCUGAUCCAAAUAAGCCGUUUGCAAAAAUGGAAAAUCCACCACUUUUCAACAAAGAAGGAAAGCUCAAUCCGUCCAUUACUAUUUUGGGCUGUUUUGUACAAGUGCCUUCUGAAAAAGUUUUAUUGAACAGCAUCGUCUUGCCGCACAAGGAAUUAUCAAGAAACUUCAAGAAUGAAAUAAUAUUGUGAAAUCUUGAAAAUCGAUAGCAAAAAUUACUGCGUUCAUAUUUUACUGUAUUAUACCAACGCUUUAUUUUAAUAACCGUUCGCACAUAAAUAAAUUAUAUAUAUAUAUUAUCA